CUCCCUCCCCUCAUCUCCUACUCUCCAAUUCUCUCUUCCACUCUCCCUCUUUCAUCCACCUUCCGCCGCCCCCGCGUUCGUCUCUUACCUUCAUCCCUCAAAUCUAUCCGCUUCUCAGGACGCUCCUUCCUUCAAUCCCGCACACUCACCAGAUUGACAAAAUGCAGUCUCCUUCCCUCCGCCGCCCACAUCAAGCCGAGCGUCGCCAGGACGAGCAGCAGAGAUCGACAACGGAGACUCGGCGUCUCGGAGCCGGCAGCCAUGGAACACGAGUGUGGAGGAGGGGAGAACUGUGAAACCGCGAAGUGGAUUCAUAAACGGAAACAAGGGAAUACGGACCCGGUCCAAGCUCCCGCUCGUGCUGCUGCUGAAAACAGAAAUGGAGGGCUCCGACGCUCGAGGCAGUGGGCAUUCCGUUAUGACGAGGUGCUGUGACAACAAUGUCCACGGUAUCCAUCACUGAUAUUGAUUAUGGAGAAAACAGAGUGUUUCUGCAUAUAUCAAGGCCACUCUCCGUGUCAAACAGGGACCACCCUGACAGCAGCCUUCAGUUUGACAGAGAGCCUGCGGUGAAAGCAAGAGUUCAACUCAAUUCUGCUGGAUAUCAGGACAAAGCAAGUCACAACUACUGGACUGGCAAUGUGAAAAUAGAGUCUGCGCUCUUGCCUCAGGCUAACCACAGCCUAGGGGAGCAACAUCAAGCAAAACGUAAGAAGGGUCCAGCUCCGAAGAUGCUGGGGAAUGAAGUAUGUAGUGUGUGUGGAGACAAGGCUUCAGGCUUUCAUUACAACGUACUCAGCUGUGAGGGCUGCAAGGGUUUCUUCAGACGCAGCGUGAUCAAGAGUGCCCAAUAUUCCUGCAAGAACAACGGAGAGUGCCAGAUGGAUAUGUUCAUGCGCAGAAAGUGUCAACAGUGCCGACUACGCAAGUGUCGGCAGGCAGGGAUGUUGGAGCAAUGUGUCCUCUCAGAAGAACAGAUCCGCCUGAAGAAAAUGAAGAAGCUAGAGGAAGAGGUGACAAAAACUGUGAGGGUAACCUCAAGCCCGCUGUCCAGCUGGGGAAUACCAAGACUUGAUGUGGGCCAAAUUGAGAUGAUCCGAAAGCUGGUUACUGCUCAACAACAGUGUAACAAGCGUUCAUUCAGUGACCGACUGAAAGUGACACCAUGGCCGCAGAGUGUUGAUAUGCAUAAUCGAGAGAUGAGGCAGCAGAGAUUUGCACACUUCACUGAACUGGCAAUCAUCUCUGUUCAGGAAAUAGUUGACUUUGCAAAACAACUGCCAGGGUUCCUGGACCUCACCCGUGAAGAUCAGAUUGCUCUGCUGAAGACUUCUACCAUUGAGAUCAUGCUGUUGGAAACAUCACGCAGGUAUGAUCCAGAGAUCCAGGGCAUCACCUUUCUGAAAGAUUUCAGUUACAACAAAGAGGACUUUGCCAGAGCAGGACUACAGCUUGAGUUUAUCAAUCCUAUCUUUGAGUUUUCAAAAGGCAUGAAUGAUCUCCACUUGGAUGAUGCGGAAUACGCUCUCCUCAUCGCUAUCAGUCUCUUCUCAGCAGACCGUCCAAAUGUUGAAGACCAUGAGCUGGUGGAAAGGCUGCAACAGCCUUACGUUGAGGCUCUUCAUUCCUACACCCGCAUCAAGAGACCAACUGAUCAGCUGAUGUUCCCUCGCAUGCUGAUGAAGCUCGUUUCCCUGCGGACUCUGAGCAAUGUCCAUUCCGAACAAGUUUUUGCUUUACGACUUCAGGAUAAAAAAUUGCCGCCCCUCCUUUCAGAAAUCUGGGACAUGCAUGAAUGAGCCCGGAGUUUUCCAUGUGAAAUCCAGCUCACGAAAACAAAUUGGGAAAAACUUUACUGGUGGGAACGAGAACAGACAAGGAAGCUCGCUAUAUUCUUUCAACCGUAAUUAUCAAACAAUACCCCAUAUUUAGAGACAUUCUAAGGGGAUUUCCUGUGUUGCAUCUGGAAGGAUCCCAUUUUACGAUUGCUUUCUUGUUUUAACUGUUAACUAUAUGGUAGCUGACUAUCUCUGUCCAUGUUCACUACAGUUUUUAAGACACUUUGAAGAAAGUGACUGGCUGGAAUUUGUGACAGGAAUAGGGGAACCAGCUCUCCACGUUCCUGUCAAACAGCCACCGAAAGCCAGGCUCAGGGAACAAUAUUUUGUUUGUUAGUGAGCAGCAGCAGGACAGUGAGGGAACAGAGACUAGAGCGCGGGCCGGUGUUACCAAGAGAUAUACUGCCCACUAACCAAGGUCAGAAUGCCACCAUGCAGCUUUAUAUGAUGCCAUUGAUUUAUCAUAAUGCACUAAAACCAACCUGAAAGCUCACCCAGACUGGUUAUCUGUUUUACAGUGUCUUCGACUGAAACCUGUUUAAAAGUUUUCAUAGCCCAACCGGACCGUAGGGCUGUUGUCUCAUUAGAUAAAGAAAUGACUGGUGAUGGUUUAACCUGCGGGUCACCAUGUUGCAGGCCAAGGUUGAGAUGGAGAGUCUCUCAUAGAAACUUUAGCUGGUGGGGGAAUUGAAACCAUGUUGUUGGCAUCACUGUGCACUGCAAAUCAGCUGCCCACUACAGUGUCUCUGCCUGGUACCAUUUUAUACUGUUUCUGGCUUUUGAUUGAUAUGUUUCACAGUGUCCCUGUUUCUGACUGGUAUGUGUUUUACAGCGUCUCUGUCUCUAGCUGGUCUCUGUUGUGCAGAGUUUGUCUUUUGCUGGACCUGUUUUACAGUCUGAUUGGUAUCUGCUUUACAAUGUCUCUGUCUCUGACUCUCCGUUGGCUCAUGCGACGUGGGCAUUGCUGGCCGGGCCAGUAUUUAUUGACUGCCCCCAGUCGCCUUUGGAGGGUGUUGGUGAGCUGCCUUUUUGAACUGUUGUGAGUCUAGGUACACCACAUGGUCUGCAAAGUCCUCAAGGAAGUUCAGGACUUUGACACUGUGACAAUGAAGAAGCAGCGAUAUAUUUCCAAGCCAGGAUAUGGCGCAAACACAGCCAAAAUGGGACUAGUUACGAACUCUGUUCAGCAUGGAUGACUUGUGCAAAUGGGCUUGUUUCCAUGGUCUAUUACUCUGUAAGUGGGUUGCUUCAUCCUGGAUUUUUUGAAAAAAUGUCAUUUUUGUAGGGUUUGCAUGCUGCUGGCUGUCUAGCAUUUAUUGUCCCAUCCCUAGUUUAUAGAAUCCCUACAGUGCGGAAACAGGUCCUUUGGCCCAACAAGUCCAUACUGACCCUCAGAGCAUCCCAUCCAGACCCAUCCCUCUACAACUCACCUAAUCUACACAUCCCUGAUAACUAUUGGCAAUUUAGCAUGCCCAAUCCACCUCGUCUGGGAGGAAACAGGAGCACAUGGAGGAAACCCACACAGACACAAGAAUAAUGUGCAAACUCCACACAAUCACCUGAGGGUGAAAUCAGACCCGCAUCCCCGGUGCUGUGAGCCGCUGUGCUGCCCUCUUGAGAAGGUGGUGGUGGUGAGCUGCCUUCUAAAACCACUGCAAUCCACCUGCUGUUGACUGACCCACAAUGCCAUCAGCAAAGGAAUUCCAAGAUUUUGAACGAGCAACAGUGAAGGAAUGACAUAUAUUUAAAGUCAGGAUUGUGAGCGGCUUGCAGGGAAACUUGCAGGAGGUGAUGUUCCCAGAUAUCUGCUGCCCUUGUCCUUCUAGAUGGAAGUGGUCGUGGGUUUGGAAGGUGCUGUCUGAGGAUCUUUGGUAAAUUUCUGCAGUGCAUCUUGUAGAUGGUGCACACUGCUGCUAUUGAGCAUUGAUGGUGAAUGUGGAUGCUUGUGGAUGUAAUGCCAAUUAAGAUUGCUGCCUUGUCCUGGAUGGUGUAAAGCUUCUUGAAUGUUGCUGGAAAUGCACCCAUCAAGGCAAAGGGGGAGUAUGCCAUCGCACUUCUGACUUGUGCCUUGUAGAUGCUGGACAGACUUUGGGGAGACAGGAGGUCAAUUACUUGCCUGCAGUACUCCUAACCUCUGACCUGCUCUUGUCACUACUGUGUUUAUGUGGUAAGUCCAGUUGCGUUUCUGACCAAUGGCAAUCCCCAGGGUGUUUAUAUUGGGCUAUUCAUUGAUUGUAACACCAUUGAAUGCCAAGGGGUGGUGGUUAGAUUGUCUCUUAUUGCUGAUGGCCAUAGCUUGGCAUUUGUGUGGCUUAAAUGUCACAUGCCACUUGUCAGCACAAGCCUGGAUAUUGCCCAGAUCUUGUUGCAUUUGGACAUGGACUCUUUCAGUAUCUGAGGAGUCACAAAUAGAGCUGAACAUUGUGCAACCAUUGACAAAUAUCCCCACUUCUGACCUUCUGAUUGAGGGAACUUCAUUGUUGAAGCAACUGAAGAUGGUUGAGCCUAGGAGACUACCCCGACAAACACAUGCAGACAUGUCCUAGGGUUGAAAUGAUUGACCUCCAACAAAAACAACCAUUUUCCUAUGUGUCAUGCAUGACCCUGACAAGUGGAGAGUUUGCACCCAAUAGCCAUUGAUUCCAGUUCUGCUAGGGCUCCUUGAUGCCAAACUUGGUCGAAUGCAGCCUUGAUGUCAAGGGCUGUCACUCUCACCCCACCUCUGAAAUUCAGCUCUCAUUUCCAUGUUUGAACCAAGGCUGUAAUGAGGUCAGGAGCAGAGGAAGUAGAACCCAAACUGGGCAUCACUGAGCAAUUAUUGCUGAGCAAGUGCUACUUGAUAGCACUGUUGAUGACACCUUUGAUCUCUUUUCUCAUGAUGGAGAGUAGACUGAUGAGGCUGUAAGUUGAUCGAGUGGGAUUUGUCCUGCUUUUUUAUGCACAGGACACACAUAGGCUGUUUUCCACAUUGCUAUGUAGAUACCAAUGCUGUAACUGUACUGGAAGAGCUUGGCUAAGGAAGUGGCAAGUUGUGGAGCACAAGUCUUCUGUACCAUUGCUGGAGUGCUGUCAGGGCCAUGGCCUUUGCAGUAUCCAGUGCCUCCAAAUGUUUCUUGAUAUCACAUGAAGCAUUCAUAGCAAUCUUCAGCCAGAAAUGCCAAGUGGAUGAUCUAACUUAGCUUCCUGCAGUGCUUCCCAGCAUCACAGAUAUUAGUCCAGCCAAUUUGAUUUACGUGAAGUGAUGUCCUGGGCUGUUUCUUCAUUGAGGAUUUGGAUAUUUGUGGCAUCUUCUCCUCCGUGACUGGACGUGGUAGGACUACAGAACCUAGAUCUGAUCAGUUGGUUGUGGGAUCACUUAGCUCUGUCUAUCACUUGCUGCUUAUGCUAUUUGGGAUGCAAGUAGUCCUGUUUGAUAGCUUUACUGGGUUGACACCUCAUUUCUGAGUAUGCCUGGUGCUGUUCACUUCAUGCCCUCUUGCACUCUUCAUUGAGCCAGGGUUAAUCACCUGGCUUGAUGGUAACAGUUGAGUGGAGGAUAUGCUGGACCGUGAGGUUACAGAUUGUGCUGGAGUAUAAUUCUGCUGCUGUUAUUGGCCCACAGCACCUCAUGGAUGUCCAGUCUUGAGUUGCUAAAGCUGUCUUACUUAACACGGUGAUAAUGCUUCACAACACAAUGAAGGAUAUUCUCAAUGUGGAGAUGAGACUUUGUCUCCACAAGGACUGUGCAGUGGUCACUCUUAUUGAUAGUAUCAUGGAUAGAUGCAGCUACAGCAGGCAGAUUGGUGAGGAUGAGUUCAUGUAUAUUUUUCUGUCUUGUCAAUUCCCUCACCAUCUGUUGCAGACUCAGUCCUUUAGGACCCAACUAGCUUGAUCAAUUAGUGAUGCGGCCAAACAUCCUGGUGGUGUACAUUCCGUGGCCUUGCCACCCUCAGUGCGUCCUUCAAGUGUUUUUCAAUAUGAAGGAAUACUGAUUCCUCAGCGAAAGGUUUCUCUGUCCAUGUUUAACUGUUGUCAUCAGACUUCAUGGGGCCCAGAGUCAAUGUUGAAAACUGCCAGAGCAACUCCUUUCUGGCUAUAUACCACUGUGCUGUCACCUCUGCUGGGUCUGUCUUGCCAGUGAGACAGGGAUGGUGAUUAACUUGUCUCUAAGUUAUGAUUCCGUGAAUAUGACUAUGUCAGACUGUUCCUUGACUAGUCUGUGAGACAGCUCUCCCAGUUAUGGCAUUAGCUCCUAGAUGUUAGUAAGGAGUACUUUCUAGGGUCAAUAGGGCUGUUUCUGCCCGAACAUUGAUGCAGGGUGGCCCAGUUCAAUUUCUUUGUUGAAAUGUUAUCAUGAUUGAUACAACUGUGUGACUUGCUAGGCUAUUUCAGAGGAAAAUUGAGAGAAAACCACAUGUAGACCAGUCCAGGUGAGGAUGGCAGAUUUCCUUCACUGCAAGGGAUCAGUAAACCAGAUUUAUUUUUCUGUCACUCAGAAGUCGUUUCACGAUUAACCUCGGACCCUUAAUUCCAGGUAUUAACUGAAUUCAAAUUCCAACAUUCGCAUGCAGGUCCCCAUCAUAUCAGAGAUAGUAGGAACUGCUGAUGCUGGAAAUUCUGAAAUAACAAGGUGUAGAGCUAGAUGAACACAGCAGGCCAGGCAGCAUCAGAGGAGCAGGAAAGCUGACACUUCUUCAGAAAUCUGAAGAAGGGUCCACACAUGAAACAUCAGUUUUCUUGCUCCUGUGAUGCUGCCUAGCCUGCUGUGUUCAUGCAGCCCUACACCUUGUUAUCCUCAUGAUAUCAACUGUGUUUUUGGAUUAAUAGUCUAGUGAUACUACCACUAUGAUACUGCUUCACUUGACUGUUAUGUAUUUGACAGUGUCUCUGAUUGGUGUCUGUUUUACGGUACGUAUGGUAUCUGUUUUACAAGUCUCUGUUUCUGUUAAUGACCCCUUAAAUCACUUCAAGAGUGGACUGGUGGGUGGUGAUUGGCUGGGUUAGAUUUCUCCUGCUUUUUGUGUACAGGACAUACCUGCAUAAUUUUCUACAUCGUUCAGUCGAUGCCAGUGUUGCUUCUGGACUGCAACAGCUUGGCUAUGGGUGCAGUGAGUUCCGGAGCACAAGUCUUCAGUACUCUUGCCAGAAUGUUAUCAGGCCCAUAUCCAGUGCCUUUAAUCUUUUACAGUGUCUUUGACUGGUACCUGUUUGACAGUGUCACUGACUCUUACUAGUAUUGUUUUACAGUGUCUCUCACAGGUAUAUGUUUUACAGUGUCUCUGUAUCUGACAGGUAUGUAGUUUACAGCAACUCUGACUGCUAUGUAUUUUACAGUGUUUCUGACUGGUAGGUAUUUUACAGUGUCUCUGACCAGGUGUGUGUCUUACUGUGCCUUUGACUGGUAUCUGUUUCCCAAUGCAUCUUUUGCUAACUGGUUCCCUUGUGUUGCUGGAUGCUCUUUUAACCUGUAAGUCUGUAGUGGCACCUCCCCAUUUUCCAAAGUUGGAGAUGUUCUUUAAAGGUUGUCUAAAGAGCAUAAUCCAUUUUUCCUCUGCCAACUGUCACAGUAUGGGCUUGGCGCCAGCAGAAUUAUUAAUGUUUGUUCAAAGCCAGGCCUUCACUGUUUGGUGUCCAAGCCUGCCUCUCUAUGGUGGUCAAUUGGAGGAGAGAUGUGCUGAUUCAUCUGAGACAUGGCGAAGGUCAGAACUUCGAUGGAUACCUUAACUGCCCACAUGCUUACUCUAUGCCUUCGGCAGCUCUGCCACAUUCUCUCUGUUUGUCUCUGCAAUUCCAGGAAUCUGAAUGUGACCUUCAUGACCCUAAGGUAAUUGUCGCAGCAUUGUCAGUGAUCUCAGCUGUCACAGACUUGUCAUCUCUGUUUGUUCAUCAGUGAACUACUGACCAGGUAGUCAUCCAGAGCCGGUAAGUGUCCAACCAUGUGUGUGUCUGCAUGGCUUCCAAGGAAUGAAGUGGCACAUGCCCUCUAAUAAUGGAAUACAUAUGGAUCUUUUACCAUGUCAACUGCCAUUGUUCAUGGAGAGGAAGCCUCAAUAUGAUUAAACUCUAGUCUUAGAUCAUAAUAAAUGACCAAACCUUAGUGCAGUUUUCUCCCAAGUUAAUUGCAACAUUCUGAGAUGGAGUAAUCAGCUUGUUGUCCAGGCAAGGGAUUGCAGGGUCGCCCGACUCAGAGCGCACACUGGCCUGUUGUAAGACUUUUUCUUCUGCAAGCAUUAAGUGGACAGUUGGGUUAAACUGUAUGAAAUGCUGCUGUAAUGCCCUCAGUGUGGACCUUGGUCCACUUCCAAUGAUGGAUGGGCAAGGUCUCACAUCUGCACCCCUGUGUCUGUGUUCACAUGUGUGGUACAUUAAACUUAGAGGAGAAUGAUUAUGAAUGAUCAACUAGGGAUACACUGAGUUAACUCACAGAGUGACCCCACUGUCCACACUCACUUUCAGCCACUGUUUGCAUUAAUUUCAUUCAAGCUCCCCAGUUUGAUUCAGGAAAAGUGAUUCAUCCUUUUGAGAUGCUGGAUUCAAUUUUGCUGCUGGAUCCCUUGGCUUCUUGGCCAUUUCACAUGUUAGAAGGAGCACCUCCCUCAGACUCCUUGGACAAUUGAAACAGGCUUUUAUAUGGAGGACAUGGCUGGCUGCUUUAUCACAUGGUGCCAGCAGGAGCUGUGCAUGAUGGACAAGGGGCUGACUGCACUUGACAUUGAUCAUGAGGGUUCCCUAUAUCACUUGCGUUAAUUGAUCAACUGAUGCAAGAUGGCAUUUGACCAUCCACAGUAGAACUCUGCUACCUUCCAAAUAAGACGUGGAAACCAUAAUGCAUUGAUUCAAUUCCAUCCCAUGUUUCUGUUUAUAUUGAAAACACCCAAUCAAUUCAAACAUUUCUCAGCCUGUGGCCACAAUUUUUACUGAAAAGAAAAACAGCCAUUUUACCACACUCAGAUUUUUACCAGAGACUGAGCAAUUGCUCACUGCCAUAUGGGAAGACUGGCAGAUACAUUGAGAAGGCAGCUAUCAAGCAGUGUGUGGGAUUGGGAGAGUUGAGGGCUUCAUGCCCAGGCAUUUCCAUGCACUACAGAGGGACCCUCAGCAGUAAUACUGACCUUGCAUUCAGAUGUGAGGAUUCAGCAUUCUGAGUGGCAUAUCCUGCCUACAUUAUGUCACAUUAAAAAUAUUUCAUAAGGAUCCUGAAUGGGCACCCCAACAUUUACCCACCCAAGCUUUGAAGAUGCAUCUAGUCCCAGGAGCUGGGUACGAGAAAUGAAUGCCAGCAUGUGGGUCAUUCCCAGCUGUAUGUCGAUAUAUUAACUGUGAGGUCUACUAUUCCAUUUGAACCAUGUCAUAGAGAGUCAUGCAACAUGGAAACAGACCCUUUGGUCCAACUAAUCCAUGCUGAUCAUAAUCCCAAAGUAAAUUAGUCUUAUCUGCGUGCGCUUGGCCCAUCUUCCUCCAAACAUUUGUUAUUCAUGUGCUUAUCUAAAUGUCUUUUAAAUGUUGUAACUACCCACAUCCACCACUUCCUCUGGAAAAUCAUUUCACACACAAACGACUUCUGUGUGUAAAAUCAAAAAGCCCCUCAUAUCUUUUUUAAAUCUUUCUGUUCUUGAGAUUCCCCAUCCUUGGGAAAAGACACCUGCCAUUCAUUUUAUCUAUACCCCUCAUCUUUAAAGUCACCCUUCAACCUCCUACACUCCAGUGAGAACAGUCCCAACCUAUCCAGCCUCUCCUUAUAACUCAAACCUUCCAUUCCUGGCAAUAUCCUGGUGAACACUCUCCAGCUUAAUAACAUAUUUUCUAUAACAGGGCAACCAGAACUUGACGUAGUACUCCAGAACAGUUCUCUCCAAUCUCCUGUACAACCUCAACAUAAUUUCCCAACUCCUAUUCUCAAAGGUCUGAAGAGUGAAGGCAAGUAAGAUAAACAUUUUCUUAACCAUCUUAAGCAUAUGUGUUACAAACUUCAAAGAAUUAUGGACCUGAAACCGUGAGUCUCCCUUUCUACAACAAUGCCCAAAGCCCUACUUUUAAUUGUUUAAGUCUUGCCUUUGUUUAUUUUACUGCCCUAGGCCUAUUUUUAACUGCAUCUUAGGUUUGUUUCAUACAUCCUGAUAGGUUGUGUGACCCUUUGAGCUUUUACUUAUAAAUUCUGUGUUCUGUGUGCUUCUUUCUCGCUUCACCUGAUGAAGGGGCUAUACCCUGAAAGCUUAUGUUUUCAAAUAAACU